AUGUACCCGGAUGAGGCAAAGGCUGUGCUACGAGACGCGCUGCUUCUUCCGAGUGGUCAUGUCUACCACUUAGGCUAUUACAAAGGCACCAAGGUCUCGAUCAUCGCCACAGGCAUGGGGGCACCAAUGAUUGAGCUUCUCAUGCGGGAAGUCUCGUACAUCACCGACGGCCCUCUCGCUGUGGUUCGCCUUGGCAUAUCGCCGUACGUCAUUACGCGUCCGUGUGCCCCAGACCCCGACCUGUCUAGCCGCAUAGCGGAAAAUAUUUCCAAAGCUAUUGAUGACCCCUCACUUCUUCACUUGGGUCUUCAUGCAUCGGCUGAGACUUUCUAUGCCUGUCAAGGUCGCGUGGACACAUUAUUCAACGACAGAAAUGAAAAGCUCUUAGAUCGACUUCGGUCCCACGGAGUCGACAGCAUGGACAUGGAAAGCCACCAACUUCUUCAUUUGGCGAAUCGACGCUUCCAACCUGUGAAGGCCGCAGCUGUGCACAUUGGCAUCAAUAAUCGAACGAACGACCAGUUUGCUCAUCCGGUCACAGCAGAAGUGCUGAACGAGAGAGUGCUCCUUGGAGGCCGCGCGUGUCUCGACGCCCUCACAUCAAUCCCGAUGUAG